GGCCUUAAACUUUACAAAAACCUCUUUACCUUAGCUUCAAAACUCACCUCCUUCCUUCCUAUUCUAUCAUCUCGGAACACACAGUUUUAAAAGGAAGAACAAAAAAAAAGCAACAGAAACCCUAAAUUACCAAAAACCCUAAAAUCUCAAACUUUCUAUAUGUAAAUGCAUCUGAAGAACUCAUCUGUACCAGAACGGCGGUUCAUCGGAAAAGAAUCCGCCGCUUGUCCACCUUCCUCCGAUUCCGAUCCCAAACACCAUCUGACCGUCGAGAUCCCAGAUUCAUCGUCUCCGCAUUAUCCCUCCGAUCUCCGCCGCGGGAGCCUGGGCUCAGUUCUGUCGUUCCUCUCUUCGUCUCUCCCCUCCUCCGCGAGGACAAAUCAGAAGCUUCUUCUCCGGCAAGUCCUCCGAGUCCGAUUGAUACGUUUCCACCUCCGGUUCCUCCUCCUCCUCUCCGUGCCUCCUCUCUACCUCUUCUUCCUCUUGAUCAGCGUCCGCUUCCUCCUUCUCUUCGUCUUCUCCAUCGUCGCCUUCUCCUUAAUCCUCUCGAUCUCUCUCAAGCUCGCUCUUCCUCACUUACCUUCGAUUCGCCUCUUCAUCGCUCGGUUACUCUCCCUCAAGCUUAGAUCCUCCUCUUCCUCUAAGGUUGUUUGGUCAAUCGGGUCAAAUCCCGAGAAGAAGAAGAAGACGAACUCAGGGUGUUGGGUUCAGAAGUACAGCUCCGGGGAUGUGUACGAGGGAGAGUUUCGUAAGGGCAAGUGUUGGGGGAGUGGGGUUUAUUACUAUUCGGUGAAGGGGAAGUACGAAGGGGACUGGGUUGAUGGGAAGUACGAUGGGUUUGGAGUGGAGACGUGGGCGAAAGGGAGUAGGUACAGAGGUCAGUACAGGCAAGGGAUGAGGCAUGGAGGUGGGGUGUAUAGGUUUUAUACAGGGGAUGUGUAUGCUGGUGAGUGGUCUAAUGGACAGAGCCAUGGGUGUGGUGUGUAUACCUCUGAGGAUGGUAGUCGGUUUGUUGGAGAGUUUAAAUGGGGUGUCAAACAUGGCCUUGGUCAUUACCAUUUCAGAAAUGGUGAUACAUACGCUGGGGAGUAUUUUGCAGACAGGAUGCAUGGUUUUGGAGUGUAUCAAUUUGGAAACGGGCAUCGGUAUGAAGGAGCCUGGCAUGAGGGGAGAAGGCAGGGUCUUGGUAUGUACACAUUCAGGAAUGGUGAGACGCAGACAGGCCAUUGGGAAGACGGUGUCCUCAGCUGUCCUACCGAGCAGACCACCCGUCAUGGUUCAUCGUUUUUCAUCAGUUAUUCCAAGGUUCUCGCCACUGUUCAGCAAGCUAGGAAAGCAUCCGAGAAAGCACAUGAAGUUGUGAAAGUGCAAGAGAGAGUGAACAGAGCAGUGAUGGUUGCGAACCGAGCAGCAAAUUCUGCUAGAGUUGCUGCAACAAAGGCUGUUCAAACCCAAACAUAUUACAGUAGUGGCGGCGAUGAUCCCUUGUGAGAUCGUGUGUCAAAGCUUUUGACAUAGUCACAGUCAUGAAUCUCACCUGGAACUUCUUCGGUGACAUGAGAGAUAAAACAGAGACAUCUAGAGAAGGCAGUCAAAAUUGGCAUCUCCGUUUGAGAUUUAUCUUGAAGGUGGAACCACUUGGAACCAAUGUCGAGAUCUCAUAAGUAUUAAAUAAGAGAUCUCUGGCUAUGGAGCAAGCAAUGCAGGUUUACUUUUUCCCAGCUCUUCUUUAUUAUGAGCAGGCUGGUUGUUUAUAAGCUGUACAUAGGUUGUUGAAGAGUAAAGCAAUGUGUAUUAACAAAAGAUCUUUUUUAACAAGCGUAACCCAUGUAAGAGAAGCAACAAAACAUUGUCUUA